AUGGAAUAGCCAAAGAAAAUUCAAGAUAAAGUAGUUAUUAAAAAUGUUCCUCCUGCAGUAUUGAAUAAAACUAGUUGGCUAUUAUAAUCAAUAUUUAUGAUAUUGAAAUCUCCAAACACUUCCAAAACCUUCAGCAAAUCCUAAUAAUUUAAACAUAAAUGUCCACGAGCUUUUAAACUUAAUUCUGAUUUCUUAUUAUCCUUCUAAGCUUUGGCUCUAUAGCUACAUGACUUAAUAAUGAAUUAUUAGAAAAAAAACUCAUAAUUUUUACGAACCAGAUUGAUCCAUUAUCCAUAUCACUUUAUCGCUAAAAAAUUAUUCAAUAAUCCCAAAAACAGGUAUCGCAUUAUUUUAUCUUUGUAAUUAGACAAUUUAGUAAAUUUAUAUGUAUCCUUAAUUGUUUUGACAUUUUUGCAAGCAUACAAUUGA